GGAGGUCAAAGACAAAAGCUGGAGUAUAACCAACAGAUAUAUGACAGGAUGACCUUCGUGAACAAAUGAACUAUGGCCAAGGUCUCAUACCAAGCAGGAGGCACCACUCUCUCAGUCUCAGUCGUGCCUUUAAAAGUGCUGGAAAGCAGAGCUUUCUAGGCAGGUUGUAGACUGUUUCAGACUCAUACAGGCAGCAGAUAAACCUCUGAGGAGAGGAAGGACUUCCCACAUGGACUCCAACAGUGCCGGCAGCGUGCAAUAUGACCGCUGGAACGAGGACAACAUCAACAUGAACGUGGAGGGAUCACAGUCUACUGUGAUGAGGAUCUUCAACACAGUGUGUAUGGGGAGCACUGGAAUAGCAGUGAAGACGGCAGGAGCUUUGGCUGCACUGGUGUCCAUUUACAUCAUAGGCUACGUGACGGGAUACUACGUCCAUAGGUGCUGAUGGUGGAGUGCUGCUAUGGAAGAAUAGAGCUCUGAGAUUCUGAAUAAACCAAAAGUUGAAAUGUU